CGCCGUGUCAGCACUGGGACUGGGGGGGGGGGACGGAAUCUCUCGUUGCGGGAGCAGCCAUUGCAAUAGGGAUAGGUGGACCUGCUAAUAAACACUGGGGAGCUCAUGAAGGCGUGGCCUCUCUCUCUCUCUCUCUCUCUGGGUGCUGAACAGACCCUUGCGGGGCUUGGGGCAGGCGGGGAGGCCGCUGGAGCCGGGGGAUUGCGGGCCGCUAUCCGUGCACUCUAGACAGGGUGGCCGUGCUGCAUAAGGAUUGUGUGGCAGAUUGCGGGCCGCUAUCCGUGCACUCCAGACGGGGUGGCCGUGCUGCAUAAGGAUUGUGUGGCAGAUUUGGGGAGGAAUGGGUGGCAAGGUGGACACGGCCCCCAGUCUCUUCCUCCUCUCCGUGGGGACCUUCUGCAUGCCAAGCAGAUGCUCCGGCCCCGCCAUGCCCUAGGAGACCCCCGUCCACUGAGCUCAGCGCGGUCCACUCGGACCGGCAGCCCCGCUCCAGAGCUUCAGGCAGGAAUCUUUCCCAAAGCGUAAACGUAUUUGGGCCGGUCGUUUUUCUUGACUUGGCGAGCCGGCUGCAUUCGUGCAAUGGACAGAUGGGGUGAAACCAUGAGCCAGGGACCUUCUGCCCCUCAGGACCAACGUGCCCCCUGGAUUUCAGUGGGGCUUAAUUUCCGCCAGCUAGUAGUUGGAUUGCAGACUGCCUGGAGACUUUCUAUGGGGCGACGGAUCAAACAAAGGCCCAGGAGGUCGCCCCCCCCCCCGCCCGGCCACACGUGCCCAAACUCUGGCAACCCAAGAGCCCCCUACGGGGCAGGGGUCCUGGGGAAGGGGAAGGGGAGGCUUGCUGGGCCUCCGGCUGCGCCCACACAGUCCCCAGGCAAUAAAUGUUUAACUGCUGCCGCAAGUCAAUAUUUGCACACCGGCCAGAGAGGCACCAAUGGGCGUUGCGGCUACGGAGGGUUUGGGGCUAGGAGCCCCCUUCCGCCCAUGGAGCCAGGGGCUAGGCAGCCGCCACCGCAGAGGAGCAGCCCCCGCCGCCGCCGGAGGGAAGCGAUCCUUGGAGGACCGAGCCUCCCCUUCCUGCCCUGCUUUUCCCGAGAAAGCAAGAUGGCGCCUCUGCCGGGGAUUCUGCUGCUGCUGCUGCUCUGCCUGUCUGCAGGGGGGCCUACUGUGUGUGCCUUGGAGUCGGAGACCUCUGCACAGGAUGAAGCUGUACAUGGACGGAUCCUCCCAGCCCACGGAGGCAACGGAUCCUCAGAGGGCGUCCCCCAGCCUGGCCCAGAUGGCCCCCCUUGGCCGGAGGCCGAGUCGUCCCUGGCCCACCCCACGGAGGCGGCAGGCUCAGCAGCCGGCACCCAGGAGGACCUCCCCGCCACCGCCGCCACCGCGCCGCCCUCUGCCCAGGAGGACCUGCCCCACCCGGGGGGCAACGGGGCCGCUGGGGCGCUAGAAGAGCAGCCAGGCCCCACCGCAGCAGGAAGCGGGUCGGAGGAGGCCGAGGGGGGGCAGCCAGGCUGCGAGGGGGACGUCCCGCCCCAGAAGAUGCACCGGGUCGCGGAGGCCAUGAUGCAGUUCACGGCGGACCUCCUGAGAGUCCUGGAGCGGGAGGACCCGGGCGGCAACCUCUGCUUCUCCCCGCUCAGCAUCAGCCUGGCGCUGGCCCACCUGGCCUUAGGAGCGGCCAACCAGACGGAGAAGCACCUCCUCGAGGCCCUGCACAUGGAGUCGGUGCCCUGCCUCCACCAGACGCUGCAGGCGCUUUCCCGGCAGCUGGACAACCCUCUGCUCAACGUGGCUGCGCGUCUUUACCUGCGGAAAGGAUUCCAGGUGAGAGAGAAGUUCCUGGAAGACUCCGAGAGGUUCUAUGGCGCCAAGCCGGUCACCCUCUCCGGGCAAAACGACGCCGACCUGGCAGCCAUCAACGACUGGGUGAAAGAAACCACCCAGGGGCAGAUCUCCACCAUCCUGUCCUCCCUGCCGGCCAGCGCCGUGAUGGUCUUGCUGAACGCGGUGCAUUUCAAAGGGUUUUGGAGGAACAAGUUCGACCCGGCCCUGACGGCGCCGGGCACUUUCCACUUGGACGAGGAGUUUGUCGUCUCGGUGAAUAUGAUGAAGGCUCUGAAAUAUCCCCUCAGCUGGUUUAAUCUGGAGUCUCUGGAUGUCCAGGUGGCCAGGUUCCCCUUCAAGGGCAAUACCAGCCUGGUGGCCGUCGUCCCGAACCACUUCGAGAAGAACGUCUCCCAGCUGCUGACGGAGCUCAGCCAGGCCAGCCUCCAGGGCCGCUUCCCCAAGGAGAGGCCCACCGUGGUGAAGAUGCCCAGCCUGCGCCUCCAGCACCACCUCCAGCUCAACCAGGCCCUCGGCCGGCUAGGCCUGGGGGAGCUGUUUUCUGCCCCCAACUUCAGCGGCCUUGCCGAGGGACCCCUCUUUGUCUCCAGCGUGGAGCACCAGUCCGCCCUGGAGCUGGCGGAGGCCGGGGUGGAGGCGUCGGCGGCCACCAGCGUGGUGAUGUCCCGCUCGCUGUCCACCUUCUACCUCGACCGCCCUUUCCUUGCCAUCAUCCUGGACGACGCCACCCGGACCCCGCUCUUCGUGGCCAGCAUCCAGAACCCGGACGCCACCGCUCCGCGGCGGAGGCAGGAACAGCAGGACUCCCCGGACGGGGCCCAGGAACCCGGCACCCUCUUUCCUAAAUAGGGAGAUUCGGGGAGAGGGUGGGGUGAGCAGUGCGGUCCAGGGGUAGGGUGUGUUGUGUGGGUGUUUCUCCCUUUUUCAUCGUCGUCGCUGUUAGUCCUAGGCAGCCCCCCGAAAAGACCCUCGAGUGCAGGAAGCGGCUUUUCUACCCAGUCAGGCCCUGGGUCCGUCUAGCGCAGCUUUGCCUGCUCUGACUGGCAGCGGCUCUCCAGGGCUUCAGGCAGGAGGAGUCUUUCCCCGCCCCACCUGCAGAUUGCUGCCAGGGAUCGAAACAAGGCUCUUCGGCAGGCACUGUGUGCGAUGGGUGUUCCUUAUGAACAGGUGACACUGCCAAACGGAGUCAGCCCCAUUUGGUCCAUUUAGCUUAGCAUUGUCCACACUGACUGGCAGCAGCCCUCCAGGGUUUCAGGCGGGGGUCUUUCCCAGCCCCACCUGGAGAAGCUGCCAGGGCUUGAGCCCGGGCCCUUCUGCAGGGGUAGCAGACGCUCUGCCCCGCCACGCCGGCCUGUAGGCUCCCUGUGGCAUCCGGGGGGGGGCCCCCACUGGGGGGGAACAGGAGGCUGGACUAGAGGGGCCUUCUCGGGCCUGACCCAACACACACACACACACACAAACACAGACACACACCCUGCUAAAUGUGCAGGAUUUGCUUUCAAUUCUCGCCUGCUCCUCAUUCUCCCCAGAUGUUCUCCAGCUCCCAGCUAGUGUUAGGACUCUGCCUGCCCCCCACCUAGACCCCUAACCUUGGGUGUGUGUGUGUGUGCGUGCAGAAGAACCGCACAGUGGCAUGAAGCGCGCCCUCCACUGACCCCUUGGGUCCUGCCCUCCCAGGGAGUCUGAGCCGUGACUCUCCAGGUGAUGCUGGGCGACUCCAGCUCCCACCAUCCCCUCUGGCCACUGCAGCUGGGGAUGACGGGAGUUGUAGUCCACCAGCCGGGUCUCUCCUGGAAAACGCAUCUGCCCAAACCGCUGAAGGACAAGGGGGCGGGAAGGUCCCCUAAAUAAUAAUAAAAUAAUAAUAGCCAGGCCCUGGAGAGCUUGGAGCAAGGUUGGAUUCCACAGGCUCUCCUUCCGGCCGGCCGUCUGUCUUUAUGACCCCCACACAUUGUGUUUAAAGAGAUCAGAAAUAAAAGCGCGACACCAACCA